AAAAAAAUUGAAUAUAAAAAUGUUAAAAUUCAUUCUCACUACCAUCACAAUUUUACAUCUAACUCAUGCCUUUCCAUCCGACAUGCCAACAAUAAUUCAAAAAUCAACCGACGAGUUAUCGACCAGUAAUGAUCCAAUUACAACAAUCCCAUCAAUCUUGUCCACUGAUGUUGAAAAUAGCUCAUUCAGCACAAUGGACACAAAAUUUAGUGAAAUGGAUAAAAAUCUGGCGUCAAAUACGAUAGCAUCCUACGAGACCACUAUGGCUGAGUCUAAUAAUAUUGAAAAAAUGCCAACGACUACAAUAGACACAAAAAUUAGUGAAAUAAAUUCACCCACAAUGGAUAAAAUGAUUUCGACUAAUACAAUGACUGAUUCUGAAGGUACCGGCAUGAGCACAAACGAAAUGUCAAUGAGUAUGAAAGACAGCACUGCUGAUACAACAAAUUCGAUGACUCAAAGCACAUCAAAUUCUAUAGAAAGUUCUUUAUCAUCCGCUGUCGCUAUGAACAUGAUUGCUACAAAAGGCAUGAUGACAACAUCGCCGGAUGUAGAUGUAAUGGAUACAACAAGUAAUCUCAAACGAGAGCAGCUGAAUGAAGCAGAAAUGACAACAAUAAUGGAAUCGAUGGGAAAUCCAAUGACAACAGAAAAAAUUAUGGAAAAAUCGCAAGAAAUCUCACAAACGGAACCACCAAGUGAGUUGGCAAAUGCUGAAGCUACAACAAUGAAACCAGCAAUGGCUGUUGAAUCUUCAAUGACGCCAGAAAUGACAAUGAAGCCUGUCAUGACAGAAGAAGUAACAAAGAAAAUUGCUAUGUUAGAGGAAACGACAAUGAUGACUGAGCCAAAGACGAUGAUGGCAUCAACCACACUAAAGCCAGAGCGACCAGGAACAGCUAAACCUCUAACAGCAACAAUGAUGCCGAUGGAUACAACCACAAAGAUGAAGAAUGAUGGAAAUUUGCUGAAGUUUUGUUCUUUAAUAAUGUUCACAGUUUCUUCAAUUUUGGUCAUGCUUAUGUCAUAGACUUAGUCGAAUUAAAC